UAACUAACAGAAACUCGUUGCGUUCCCCGAAAGCGCCAAAAAAAUGUAAUUUAAGAAUGGAGAAGAGUAACCCACUGCGCUAAGUUUCGAGCCUUUCGUUCAGGUCCCUGGCUACCUCAACCAUAAUAAUUAUAAUAAUAUCCUUCCUUUUCUCCGCAUUUGCAACCCAACCCGAACAAUCAAGAUUCAGGAAAUGAAUUUCAAUACGGGAUCAUCAACAAAAGUGAUUCUUACAAUUACUAUGUCAUUAUCAUCUCUUUCCCUUCUUCUGGGCGCAACUUUUGCUGCUUCGGGUGGCAGAAUGGGCGGCGAUUCUUUCUCUUUCUCUGACCAAUCAUCAUCAUCAUCUUCUGAUUAUCAAGACCCUCAUCAUUAUCAUUAUCAUGACCAUCAUGGGAGUAGAGGGUACAGUUCAUCAUCAUCGAGUGAAGAUGAUGGUAUUUUUGCGUGGACCCCUGUUAUUAUAUUUUUUGGUAUUUUAGGAGUCUUUUUUUGGCUUCGUCUUUUUGGUGCAAAAAGAAAAUAUGAAAGCAGUGUUAUAAUGAUUCAGGUUGGAUUAACAGGCCAGGCUAGUUCACUUCAAAAAGAGCUCAAUGAAAUUGCCAAAACUACAGACACUUCAUCAUCAGAGGGAUGGAAACUCAUACUAAAUGAAACGGCAUCAGCUCUGCUCCGACAUCAGCAUUACUUCAUCUCUGGUUAUUCACGUGUUAAUAAGCAUGGGGAUGCUGAAAGUCUAGAAAAAAACUUUAGACAGCUCUCAAUGGAAGAAAGGGAGAAAAUUGAUGUGGAAUCUCUAGUUAAUGUCAACAGUAUCAGGAGGCAACGAGCAGUUAUUCCUAAAGCAAGCAAACUUGGAAGAAAUUUCCUUGUGGUGACAGUCCUCAUUGCUGGUAAAGGUUCGUAUAAAAUUCCUGUCAUUAGAAGCAUUGAUGACUUAGAAGAAGUCUUGCGAAGUUUGAGUUUUGCUUCUGAGAAACUGAUGGCUGUUGAGGUGCUCUGGACUCCACAGGAUGAGACUGAUACUUUGUCAGAGGAAGAAUUGCUUGAAGAUUACCCACUCCUGAGACCUAUUUGAUUUAUUGGCAAUGCUCUCCGCCUAAAGUAGACAAGAAUAGAAAUGAUAUUUUUACUUUUGAAAGGAAAUUUAUGGCCCGUUUAGGAAGAUAUCUUAAGAACUUCAUUCCAUUUUCUUGUAUAGGAUCCACUUGCAUGUAUACUGUUAAUGUGUACUCCUCCACAUAGCCAGUUCGAUUAACUAAGCUAUUGUUUGACAAUUGACACUAGACGCUCGCAGCAAAGGUAACUAAUUUACGGAGUAGAUGAAUGAUUGAUUUUGAGUCUUAUAUACAAA